AUGAAAAAAAAAAUAAUUUUUGUAUUUCUGGUUACUAUUAAGUUAAGUUUAUUUAUUCAACAAAUUUCAAGUUUUUUGUAUUUAUCCGAAAAUUAUGCUCAAGUGGACAACUACUACGGUUUGGAAAGGUUCAAAGUAAAAAGUAGUAAUGCUAAUGCUACGGAAACAGGUGAAAAUAGUAAUGAUAAUAAUAUUAAUGAGGAAAAUAGUAGAAAAGAACAAAUAAGGGGAGAUCAAAAGAUCUUGAAAGAGGAAAUUAAUAUUGAAAAAGUAAGUAAUAUUAGGUCCGAAAAAAGGACUGAGAAUGUUUUAGAAAAAAGAAAUUUAAAUAUAAGAGAAAAAGCAAUAGAAUCAUCGAAAAAUAAAAAUAAAAAAUUGGUAUCUGAAUAUUGGAAAAUAUGUUCAACUAUAAAUAAAGAAAAAAUCAAUGAGAAAAGGUAUUGGACACAUUUGAUUUUUAUUCAUGCAGACAAUAACUUGGAGUCAAUGUCUUUGGUGGAUUUAGGUGAAAUGACUAGCCCAUUACAAACUCAGUCAGCUGACCAUCUUCAUUUGGUAGUAUAUAUUGAUAGGUGUAAAGAUUAUACGAACAAAGAUGUAUCAGCUCCGAUAAUAUCAUGUCCAGAAAGUGGAUUAACAAAUCCCAGAAUAAAACAAGAACAAGUUCUACAAAACUUUACUGGUGCUUAUAUCUUAUAUAGAUGGAGAUUAACUCAAGAGUUAAGGGUACAAUUUAGGAAAAAAUUUGUAUGGAUUAUAUUAGAAGAUUUGGGAGAGGUGGAUUCGAAUUCUUCAGAAAUACUUUCAAGUUUCAUUUCAACAAGUUUAGAUAAAUUUCCUUCGAUAUAUUCAGCUUUAACUCUAUGGAAUCAUGGUUCAGCAUGGUCUGGCUUUGGUGAUGAUCAUGAUAAUGCAGAUGGUAAUGGAAUGUCUUUGAAUGAAAUGUAUAGAGGUAUAAAAGAAGGAAUCAUAAAUAGUAAGGUUGGAGGAAAAGGUGGAGAAAAUUUCUCAUUUGAAUUUAAAUUUGAUGUUCUUGGAUUUGAUGCAUGCUUGAUGAUGCAAUUUGAUGUAUUAGAAGUCAUGAAUUCACUGGCAAGUUAUAUAUUAGCAAGUGAGGAUAAUGAACCAGGUCAUGGUUGGAAUUUUAGAUCUUUAAAUCCAGUAACAAAAAGAGGAUCAUCAGAGGAUGAAGUUCAAAUUUUUGAAUCUAACAAGGUUCAAGAGUAUAGAAUUGCAACUCCCUUGGAAUAUGCUUCAAGAAUAGUUUAUGGAUAUACUCUUCAUUCACAAAGUUAUCCAUUAACUUUAUCACUUGUAAAUACUGAGCUUUACAGGGUUUUUAGGUUUAAUCUUUAUAAUCUAUUUACUAUAUUAUAUAAAUGUGGAGGAGAGAAAAUCAGUGAUAUACUCAAGAAAACAAUAUUAAAUUCAAAAAAAAUUGAGAAUUGUGACAUGUCAAACUUAUGUAGUUGUUAUGAUAUGGGAGAUAUGCUUGAAUUACUAAGAAGUUACUUAUCUCAGGAAUUUUCUUUAGACAAUUCUAUUCAAGAAUUAUUGGCAUUAACUUUGGAUUCAUAUUAUAGUAUGCAAAUUGCAAGUGUAAAUAUUCAAGAAUGUAAAGAUCCUGAAAGUGAGUUUUACGGUAAUUGUGACGGGAAAUUACAUAAUAGUAGAGAUUUAAACAAAAAGUAUGGUAUCAAUAUUUUAAAUGAAAAUGAUAGUUCCUUUGAAUCAACUCUAACAGGAAUAUCUAUAUAUUACCCAGAUCCUGAUCAACAAGUAUUAUGUAGAAAUGAAGCUGCUGCAAAAACACUAGCAAAGAAAUAUAUAAAACAAACUAAUAAUAAAUGGGUUCAAAUAAUUAGUGAUAUAUUGAUUAAUAAACCAGGUCAAGUAUGCAAUUUAGGCUUGGAAUAUAAAGAUAAUGAUUACUUUGGUAAAUAUAAUAUUGGAGAAGCUAAAGAAGAUUUUGAUUCUGAAAUAAAAGUAAACAAAACUUUAAUAAGUGUUAUUACUGGAGAGAACUCAACUAAUGAAAUUUUGUUUACUUCAAGAAUUGAUCAUCAAAUAAUAUCAUCACAGACUUUAAUUACAUAUCCAAUAAAUCAAAAUAUUAAUAACAUGGUACCGAUCUCACUUAUUUUUCCAACAAGAAUUAAAUCAAAUGGUAAAAUUAUGAUAAAUUAUAAACAUGUUGGAUAUGAAAUAUUUCAAAAGAGAAAAGAAGAAAAUAAGAUCAAUGAAAUAUUUUCUAAUAUAACUUUAAUAACUGAUAUGGAGAAGAACCAUUUUACUGGCUAUUUUCUAUAUUAUAAUAAAAAAGAAGAAUUAGAUAACGAUGAUAGUGGAGCUAAUAUUGCAUAUUUAGUAUUUAAUAAAACUUUAAAUGGAUCAAAGUUAUUAAUAUCAUCUUCUGAAGGUAUGGUAGAAAAGAAAAAAGAAGAGGGAGGGUUUUUGGUACCUAUUAUAUAUUACUUAAAAAUGGAUUUAAGAAGAAAUAAAUAUUUUGACGAGAUUUAUCAGCAGAUGUGUAAUUUAUAUUCAAAAUUUUCAAAUUACUUGAAUGGAUUAAGUUAUCCAUUAAUAGGUAUAAAUAUAUUACCAAAAUAUGAUGAAAUCUCAAUAAAAUCAAAAAGAAUUCAAUUAAUUACUUUAAUACAAAAAGAGAAAGUUUUUCACUGGAAUGGUGAAAUAGAGUUAAGAGAAAAGAAUUAUGGAAUGAGUCAUAAUUUAGAGGAUACGGAAAAGAGAGUACUUAUAAGUAGAUACUCAAUAACAUCUGAUGGAUAUGAUGAGUUAUCUAUAUUAGGUAUUAAAAUAGAUAUUGGAAAUAUAUUGAAAAAUUAUUACUUUGAUCAAGAUUUGGGACAAAUAAACACUGGAAAAGUAUGCCAUGAGGAUUGGUUGGAUGAUGAUAUAUGUGAUAUAUUUUGUAUUAAUGAUAGUAAUGAUUGUGAGAAAAUAUUGGAAACAGGGAUUCAAAGUAAAAAAGGGAAUGAUGAAAUUAAAAAGCAACAUAAAAAAGUAAUACCAAACUUUUUAGAAAGUUAUUCAAUGCAUGUUGAAUGUGAUAAUAUGGAUGGAAAAACAUGUUGGAAGAAUUCGAAAUGUUUAAAGUCCAAAAUUACUAAUAUGGGUAGUUUUCCCUCUUCUUCAUAUUUUAUGAGAAGUAUAUUAUCUGAAAAAGAUAAUGAAAAGCUAAAAAAUUAUCAUACUCUAUUUACAAAUACAGUGAAAAAUUAUUGUAUUUGUGAUGAAGGAUUUCAACAUCAGGUAAUAAGAUUAAUAGAUAGUAAGACAGGAACCAUAUUUUUUAGGCAUAGUUGUGAAGAUAUUAAUGAAUGUGAAGAACAUAAUAGACAAUUUAAAAUAGAGGAAAAAGAGCAGAGCCAAGGGGAUAUUUAUAUGGGUUACAAUACAAACAAUGCAAUAUAUCCAACCUUAGAAAGAACAAGGGAGAUUACUAAUAUUUUGAAUUCUCCAUUUUCAUCAAUAAGAAGACAUGUAGUGACUCCUUCUGGGUUAAAAAGACCGUGCCAUCCUCUUGCUUUAUGUAUAAAUAAACUGGGAAGUUUUGACUGUGUUUGCAAGCCUGGAUAUUAUGGUGAUGGUAAAAAGACUUGUAUCCAGGAAAAUGUUUGUUUAAACAAUUUUUUUGAAAAUGAUGUAAAUUCGGAUGGUUUAAUGAAUUUUUUUGGAAGGCCAGAGAGAGAAGAUGAGAUAAGCGAUGGGGGAGAAGAAACAAAGCCAGGAAGAGAAAAUAAAGAAGAAACACUGGGAAAGUUAAAUGAGAAAAAAACACCAAGAAAAGCAAAUGAGAAAGAAAAAGAUGGAGAAUCGAGUGGAGUGAAAAGUAUCUCUUGUCCGAAGGGAUUACAAUGUCUGGUUCAAGACAUGGGAGUAAAUAAUAAAGGCUUUGAAAUUUAUCAAAGCAGAAUUAAUGAUAAAAAUAAGGACUACUACCAAAAUCAAUAUAAUUUUAAUAAUAAUCAAACAAAUUCACUAUUGUCUUUAAUUUCAACAGAAUUGAAAAAUAGUUACAAUCACUAUUGUGGAUGUAAAAAAGGUUACAAACUUUCAUCAUAUGGAGAUUUAGGAUGCGUAGACGUGGAUGAAUGUGAGGAGAGAAAUAAUGGAAACUUAUUGAAUGAUUGCGGUGAAGAUUCAAUAUGUACAAAUACAAUUGGAUCAUAUAUAUGUUCAUGCCCUAUUGGUUGGUUUGGAAAUGGUUAUAUAUGUAUUCCUAAAGGAGAAAAAAGAGAUAUUGCCUUAAAGGUGGAAUUAUCUGGAUUUUUUGAAAGAAUCAUGUUAAUGGGUUAUAAUAACUUUAUUAAUUCAUUUAAACAGUCAAUAAUUCAAGUUUUGGGAAUAAAUGAAGAUGGAAUUGAGAUAGUAAAUGUGAGUUUGGAUCAUUCAUUGGGAAUAAUACAAGUUGUAACUCACUUUAAAAGUGAAAUGAGAAUUAGUCAGGAAACAAGAAGUAAUCGAAUAUUAAAAGAAAGAGAAGAAGAAAUAAAAGAAGAUAAAGACGAGAAUGAGUUUUUUAAUUUAAAAAAAGCAGAUGAAUUUGCAAGUAAAUUAAGAAAUAAUACUUCGGAUUGGUAUAAAAAGACUUAUUUGGGAAUCAGUUUUGGAGAUAUGGUUAAUCCCAAUAAAAUUGAAAUGAGAAAAGUGGAUAAAAGAGAAUUAAUGGAGGGUAAAGGUACAAUAAAUAGGUUAAUGAACACUCUAAUACCAGAUAAAUUUUACAUAUUUAUUAAUUCUUCUCCAUUUGGAAAGAUUAUUAUGAUUUUAAUAUUAAUUACAAUAAUUAUUUGGUUAACUUUGGGAUUGCUGGGAAUAAUAUUAUUUUUCAAAAUUAUUAAUGAUAAUAAAAGAAAAAAAAUCAUGUUGAGCUCUUCUUUAGAAAAGAAAUAUGAGAAAAACAAUGAUCUUGAGAUGGAAGAUCUUGAUUUGAAUAAUUCAAGUGUGAAUAAGAUUAAUACAUUUAAAUUGGAAAAAAAAGAAAAGAUAGAAUUAUCUGAAGAAAGAGGAAUUUCAUAA